AUGCAAGGUUCAGAGUUUAAUGUCAAGUAUUUACAACAGAACGGAUGGGACUAUCCAAUAUUACUGAAAAGUAGCGAAGGAACUGGAUUAAAAGUGCCUCCUAGAACAUUCACUGUCAAUGAUGUUCAACAUUAUAUCGGGACAAAAAGGAUUAUCGAUGUAUUGGAUGUAAAUUCUCAGAAAGGAACAGAGAUGACCAUGACGCAGUGGGUUAAAUACUACAACAGUAUUCCGCGAAAGAAAAUAUUAAAUGUAAUUAGCUUAGAAUUUAGUCACAGCAAAUUGGAUGAACUUGUAGAAUCCCCUACAAUCGUUAGAGAUAUUGACUGGGUAGAUAAUGUAUGGCCGGAUGAAUUAAAAAUGAAACAGACAUCAACUACUAAUAACAUGGAAGAUAUGAAAUAUCCUAAAGUAAAAAAGUAUGUUUUAAUGAGUGUCGCUGGCUGCUACACUGAUUUUCAUAUUGAUUUUGGCGGUACUUCAGUAUGGUAUCACAUUCUAAGAGGUUCAAAGAUCUUUUGGUUAAUACCACCUACUGACGAGAACCUCGAAAUCUAUCAGCAAUGGGUCUUGUCUGGAAAGCAACAAGAAACAUUUUUAGGUGACCUGGUCAGUGAUUGUAGUCGCAUUUGCCUAAAUGAAGGUGACACAUUUAUGAUACCUACAGCUUGGAUUCAUGCAGUAUAUACUCCAACUGACGCGUUAGUAUUUGGUGGUAAUUUUUUACAUAGCUAUAAUAUUGCGAAACAAUUGCAAGUACAUGCAAUUGAAGAUCGGACUGAGGUAAAUUAUAAUUUUAAUGGUCGAUAA